AUGGAUUGCGUCUCAUCAACCGCUGAGGAAACUUUAGAUACGCUAUCUGCAAACCAAGAAGGCGUUACCAACGCACCGAGUGACCUUACUGUUAUCUUAAGCGCCGCAACGGUCCAGCACAGCGCUGAUGAUGAAAGCGAGGAGUAUGAGUCAGCGAAUGAAGGCGAUACAGAUGGGGAAGCUGCCGCAAGUGAGGAGGCAGUUGCUGCCUCAAAAGCAUUGAAUACAACAAUAGGGGACGAAGUGUUUUCUGCUUGUGAUACAAGAAGUACUGAGUUGCAAGAGGGACAUCCCGCGGAAGAAGUAGAAACCAAAGAGGCCGAAGCUUCCAGUACAGAUAACGAGCGUGAGGUAAUUCCUGUGCUUCCGCGUACUGAGAAUUUUGCUGGUGAAAUAGCUCAGCUUGGAAUUGGGUCGUCAUCUGAAGCAGAAAAGCGCAACAAUGUAUCACUGAUUGACUCAACGAGACCAGUUGUGACAAGUAAAGGCAGGGGAGACGAGUCUUCGAAAACGGAAGACUCAACAAUGCCACACUCUUCUCCGGAUGACCAAGAAUACGAAGGAGAACUAGAAAAAGAGGACGUCGUUGUCCGAAAUUGGGCGAGUGACGAAAGUGCCGAUGUGUCUGAAAACCCAGAAGUGUCAGACUUUGCGGUGACAUCAGAGAAAGAGUCCGAGGAGCCUGAAUCGACAGAAGUUCUUCAUGGUUCGCCAGAACCAAAUGAAUCAAGUGAUAACCACGUCGAUAAAGCGGGAGAUGAUGCCGAUGUUGUUGAUGGUGACUAUGUUUUGGUCGGUGAAGAAGAAGGCGAUGAGAACUAUAUCGAAGAAAGGGACAGACAGCAUCCAGCAUUCAUUCCUAGACAGGGUAAAUUUUUCAUGCACGACCUUCGUUGCAACCAAGCGGGAGAGAUUGAUGCCUCAAAUCAGAAUCAGAGCAAAGUAUCACAGUCGAAGAGCUUUCAACGCGAAUGGCAACCAAAUCCAGACUCACGAAAGUGGCAGCACGACUUGUUUCCACAGGCCAACGCGUCUAGUCCAACCUCCACUAAACCUCCAUUGAAGGCGAACACAAUAGAGAUGACGGCACCCAAAAUAGUUCCAAAUGGAACUGCGAUAGUUACUCCGACAUCGCAACAGAGAAAACGUGUGCCGGUUCAAGCCCGCGUUGCGCGAAAUAAAAACCAGAACUCGGAAAGUCUGUACCCACAGACAUACGAGCCGAGAGCGGAGACUAGCAAAAAGAGAUCGACAAGAACUAUUGCCAAUUCGAAAUUCAACAGCCGAGCGGCUAAGAACUUUUCAACAACAGAGGACGAAUUUGUCAACAAUGGGUCUGAAAUGUACCCUUACUCAAACGAAAGACAGCCUGCAUGGCAGAAAAGAGGAAGUAACAACUACCACACAACAGGCGGAUCAAUGAACCAAAACAUGUGGGGAUACCCUACAGGUGGUGGAGGGAGGAGAGCAAUGAGUCACGCACAGAGUAACCAGGCUACCGGUCAGACGGGCGGAUACUCCAGCAAGUAUAAUGGGGGCGGAGGGGGAAGGGCCUACAAGGAAUCAGAUGAUUCGGGUUAUAAUGUGGACGAGUUCGACAUGUCAGGCAGCCCUUACAAUCCGAACUUCAGAAUCGAGACUUGUUCGUACAACGUGCAAGAAUGUUACGACGAUGGAUCAAGACACGGUGCUUUUCUAUCUGCGAGGAGACAAUACUUCAGACCACCGUCGUAUAAUACUGAAAAGGGACUAGAUACAAGAUAUGGUAAAGACAAUAAUGGUGGCUUCAAAAAGUCAUUCGGUUCGUAUGAAGAGCGGACAAAACCAGCUUUAGAAGCAGGUGGCUCUAAAUCAAUGGACAUGCCAGCUGGUCACAAUAAUGACAGAGUGUCCGAUUACAAUGGAAAAGCGUUUGUGAAGCGGAAAGCGCAGUCGAAAGAGCGAGAAUCUAAAAGCUCUUACAGCGAGCGAUACAGUUCGACUAUUGAAAGAAGCAAAAGUGUGCGCAAUGAUGUGGAUGUUGGAACUUCGAGACGAGGAGCGAAGAGUCGGAAUGACCCGAGUUCCCGGAACAGGACUGCUGGCUCGGGGAUUGGAAGUGUAUUAGAGGUUCAUCGCAAAGACCGUAAGGCAAUGUUGCUUGCGGAAAGAACGGAUUCCUCGGACGUCGACCACGAACCUAAAGAGUGGAAUCAACCUGGGUCGCGAAGAAAAGGAGCAACUGGUUUUGGAGAACAGUUUGAGACUCCUCCUCGAUUCGAGAGGAGUUCAAUUGGUAGCUCGAGUUCCACUAUACCAGUAGACGGGGUGAUGGCGUCUAAGAAGAUAGGGGUAACGAGACCAUUCAUGCUGAACACUAGUGGACCAACUAAAGAGACAAAUUUAGAUUCAGACCACCAAGUGGGUUACAUAGCUAGCGAGGAGCAGGAGGUAUCGGACUCACCUAUGAACUCUUCACUGGGUAGCGUCAGCCAGCAGACGGCAUCAUUGAACAAAUCCGGAAAUUCUGGGAACUCGGUUGUAAAUAGAACUAACAAGAGAUACUCUGCAGCAAGGAGGGUCUCGCCCUCAAGUGAGAACCCAUCGAUACCUCCGUUCUCAAUGGCACCAAUGCCCUUCAGCUCUCAGUCGAACAUGUCAGGCGCUAAUGUUUCGCGCGUGAAUUCUCAGAUGCUUAGCAUGGCAGGAAACUCGAGUGGUUCGUUCUCACACUUGACCAACAGUUACACUAGCAUGUCUCAAACCAAACCGAUGAGUCUAACAAAUAGCAAUAAUAAUAACAAUAAUAAUAAUAAUACCUUCUACUCCUCCAAUUUCGGAGGUAUGCCGCCUGGCGUGCCUGGAGCCGAGGUGUUUCCGAUGCAGAACGUGCUCGCAAGUGUGAACAACAUGCACGCUUCCUUCAACCCCUCUCAAACCCAAUUGGCAAGUGGGGCAUCAGCUGGCAAUAGAUCGACCGUGGGCGGGACAGGAGGUGGUCCCUCGACUGCGCUCAAUGCUGCCCAGUUGGCUAUGUUGGCGGCUACUGCUGGACCUCACUCCAAUCUACAGUCGCUGAAUCAGGCCACACAGGAGCAGAGCUUUCAACAAGCUGGUCUUAACUCUGCAUAUUCCAAUUUCUACGGAGGAGCAGCCAGUCUGUCCGACCACAGUGCAAUACUCGCCGCCGCCUCAGUAGCAGACUCCAGUGGUGGCGUGGAUGCAAUGAAUACUCCUCUUCCCUCGGCUACGUCGCUCCACCAGCACCAGCAAGGGGGUAAUCAGAACCCAGGUACAACAGCAUCCUCGUUGAACCCAAGUGCAGCGAUGUAUUACUACCCGGCAAUGGCCAUGGCAGCGGCUCAAGCGCAGCACUACAUCUCAGCCACCGGAUCCGGGGCAUCGGGCGGUGCUCUUGGCCAGGGUGCGACGGGUGCUGCUGGGCAGAUGUACCCUCCUCUUGGUCCUCCGGGAGUUAUGAUGGGCGGGGGUCAGCCAGGAGCAAUGCAUCCCCAGCAACAGCAGCAGGUAUAUGCAGUACAUGCAGCUGCUCAACAACAGCAACAGGUGGAGCAAUUCAUGGCAGCUAUGGCCGCAUUCUCAGGAGGCCAUACCCAUCCACAGUCGCAACCGCAGCAGACGCACUCGCACCAGCAAACUAUGGUCCAUCCGCAUCACCCGCACCACUUCGCUCCACCGCAACACCAGCUGCACCCCUCUCUCUCACAGCACCAGGUGCCUCACGCCCACGCGACAACAACGGUGCUCGGGGCAAAUAACAACAGCAGCUCAAGGGCAGGGACAAGCAACCAACAACCACACUUGCAGCCGCCUAACUCAUGAGGUGGCUUUGGUCGGCGACUAAUAAUGAUGACCAUUGAAUAUCGAAUCGAAUGAAGUAAUAACUAGAAAGUAUAGACUAGUAGAAAAAGAAGACUGCGAAACAGACUAGUUAAUAAAUUGAAUUUGUGAACUUUAUCUUUGAGCUCAGUGUGAAUAACUUUUACCAAGCAGUAUAAUAGCUGAAAGCAGAACGGAUGGAAUUCGUUUUGUCAGGUUAGUUAACUUAGUUAACCGAUAGCCCUUCAUGUUUUUCUCUAUCCUUCUAAUUAGGCAAUUUAAAUUAAUGUAAUGAAGAUUUUACUAUACGAGCUUGCUUUGUCUGCUUCUUAAUUCUCUAAAUUGUAUCGUAUUGUAUAAUUCACUAUAGUGACUUUACUUUUAUAUUUUUGUACAGUUGUUUACUUCAUUGAGAGCCACAUUAGUUAAUAAUAAUAAUUCCUUUUUAUUUAGUUAGUAGUGUUGCUAGCAGCCGUUUAUCCUUCAUUAGGACUAGGGUUCAAGUUCAAAGACAAAACUUUUAAUGACUCGUGCGAUUCAAUCCACUGAUGGUAUUCUAUUCAUUUUAAUUCACCUUCACAGCUAGUCUUCUCUUGAUUGAUUAUAAAUACUAUGAUGUAAUUAUGCUUCAUGUUUAGUUUAAAAGCACCUUUGAUUGAAGUGGAACUCAGGUUCUUAAAUUUUUGACAUCAAAAAAGGCCACUUUUUUGUAAUUGUUUCAUAAUCGAUGGUAUUUUUUGAAAAAGUACUUUUGCUAAGAUUGCAAUUUGAAAAAUCUACAAAGUUUUUUAAAGCUGAUGCUUCACUUCAGGGAGUGGGGGCUAUUAGUUUUGGUUGCAUCACCCCUCCUCUCUUCACCUCUAGCAGCUAGUUGAUUAUCUACUACUUGUGCUGUGCACUAGUUAGUACAUGAAUGAAACAGAUAAUAAAAGACUUAAUUUGACCAAAACAGAUAUGUUGUCACGGCAAGUUUCAAUUUUAAUGAGUUAAGUUGGUGAUUAAUUAAAUACUGUCUCGAAUAGCAUCUUAAGGUGAGGUGAAUUUACAUUGCUAGUCUUUUUAGUAAAAGUAAUUAAAGUUGGAUUGAAAUUUUUAUGCUGAAUCAAAAAUAUUGAUUUUAAAAGGGCCUGAUGUUGUAUUAUAUUGCCAAAGUUCUACUAUAUAGACAGCUAUGCAAUAAUUAUUAGUUCUUAGCGCAUUCCUUCUCACCAACUGAUUGAUUAAUUGAUUGAUUAUGUUUUCUGUUGUUCGCGUACUGAGUAAUAAAUUAAUAAUUAGA